AUGCCGUUUGACGAGAAAUAUCAAGCCGGUGAGUCGUACGGCGACGCACCCACCACGGCUUCUCAACCCAGCGAUGUCGGCGAAAUUGUCAAGGCCAUUCUCAAAGACUACGUCGGUGCACGUAAUGCGGCAACUCCGUCGGAGCUCACAGGCCUAGUCCAGAGUUUAAGCAGUAAAGAGCCUUCUGAUGACAGGAAGGGCAACACCGAGUUGAUGAUUGAUAUCCUCACCAAGCUUCCGGCAACGUCACAGGUCAGGCAGUAUCUCACCAACAAGCUCAUCGACUCCCUGUGGAACAACCUCCAGCACCCGCCUCUCAGCUACGUCGGCGGUGACGCCAAAUAUGAGGUCGUCAACAGCAAGGAGGAGGCGGCGGGUGCCAACCAUGGUCCCAACACAGAUGAUGACAUCAUCACCUUUGAGUCGCCCGGCACCGGCAUCCUUCUCCGCCAGGUCUUCUCGGGCGCCUCAAACGACGCCCAUCAGUAUCGGACGCCGGAUGGCAGCUACAACAACAUUGUCUCGCCCCAACUCGGCAGCGCCGGCUCGCCCUACGCCAAGUCGGUCCGGAGCUCGAAGCGUCUCCACGGGGUGAGGCCCGACGCCGGCCAGCUCUUUGAUCUCCUCAUGGCCCGCCAGGAGGGAGGCUUCAAGGAGAACCAGGCCGGCAUCUCGUCGAUGCUCUUUUACCACGCCUCCAUCAUCAUCCACGACAUCUUCCGGACCAGCCGCACCGACACCAACAAGUCGGACACGUCCUCGUACCUGGACCUGGCACCCCUCUACGGGUCGACGCUGCGCGAACAGCUUCAAGUCCGCACCCUAAGAGAGGGCAAGCUGAAGCCCGACACCUUUCACGAGAAGCGUCUCCUCGGCCAGCCUGCCGGAGUCAACGUCAUGCUGGUGCUGUACAACCGCCUGCACAACUACGUGGCCGAGGUGCUCCUCAAGAUCAACGAGUUGGGCCGCUUCACGCUCGACUGCGCGGCCGACGCGAGCCCCGAGGAGCGGGCCAAGGCGGCGGCGAAGCAGGACCACCACCUAUUCAACACGGCCCGGCUCAUCGUCUGCGGCAUGUACGCCUCCAUUGCGCUGGGCGACUACCUCUGCGCCAUCAUGAACCUCCACCACUCCGACACGGACUGGUCUCUGGAUCCUCGCGCCGAGAUUGGCAAGCACUACGAUGGCGAGGGCGUCCCGCGCGGCGUCGGCAACAUGGUCAGCGUCGAGUUCAACCUGCUCUACCGCUUCCACUCGUGCAUCUCCAAAAAGGACGAGCGCUGGAUCAACGACUUCUUCCUCAAGCUCUUCCCGGGCCGCCGCGUCGAGGACCUGGAAAACGUCGGGCUGGCCGAGCUCGGCAAGGCGCUGUUCGAGUUUGAGAAGAGCAUCCCCGCGGAGCCGAGCGAGCGCACCUUUGACGGCCUGAAGCGCCAGGCCAACGGGCGCUUCCGGGACCAGGACCUCGUCCGCAUCCUCGAGGAGGCCAUGGAGGACCCCGCGGGCUCCUUUGGCCCGCACAUGGUCCCCAAGGCGCUCCGGAUCGUCGAGAUCCAGGGCAUCAUCCAGGCGCGCAGGUGGGGGUGCGCCUCGCUCAACGAGUUUCGCGAGUUCUUUGGCCUCAAGCGCUACGGCAAGUUUAGCGACAUUACGUCGGACGAGGAGGUUGCCCACCGCCUCGAGAAGCUGUACACGCACCCGGACAUGGUCGAGAUGUAUCCCGGCAUGAUGAUUGAGGACAUUAAGCCGCCGCGCAACCCGGGCGCCGGCAUCUGCCCGACCUACACCGUUGGGCGCGCCGUGCUUGCCGACGCCAUCACGCUCGUCCGGUCCGACAGGUUUCUGACCGUCGACUUUACCGUCUCCAGCCUCACCGCCUGGGGCAUGAACGAGGUGACGGGGGACCCCAAGACGCUCGGCGGCUCCAUGCUGUACAAGCUCAUCCAGAGGGGCGUCCCCGGCUGGUUCCCCUUUAAUUCCAUCGCCGUCAUGCAGCCCAUGUACACCAAAAAGGCCAACAUUGAGAUUGCAGAGGAGCUCGGCACCCUGGAGCAGUACUCGCUCGAGCCCGCCAAGCCGCCCAAGCUGCCCGUCGUCAUCUCCACGGCGGCCGGCAUCAAGCAGGUCCUCGGCAACCCCGACACCUUUCCCCUCGGCUGGGGCGAGGUCCUCAAGAACAUCUUUUACGGCAAGCGGGACGUCGGCUGGUUCAUGCUGGCCGGCACCGAGCCCCGCAACAUUGACCACCGCAACAAGUCGGCCGAGGCCUUUGGCAAGCUCCCGAACCUGCAGCAGGCCAUCUACCAGAUGAUUGAGCGCGUCGGCGCCGACCUCCUCGCCAAGGCCGACUUUACGGUGCAGGGGGGCGUCCACCAGAUUGACCUCAUCCGCGACGUGGCCAUUCCCGUCAACACGCAGUACACGGCCGACCUGUUCUACAUGGACUUAAGGACCGAUGAGAACCCGGAAGGGAAGCUCUCGGUCGCGGAGCUCUACAAGUCCAUGGUCAACCUGCGCAUCUGGGCCACCAACAACACCGACUCGGCCGAGGCGUGGAACCGCCGCCGCCGCGCCAACGAGGGCGCCCAGGUCAUCAUCGACUCGACGCGCCCGCUCGUCGACGAGGUCGUCAGGAGCCGCGGCUUCGGCCUCGGCCUCUCCUCCGCCCUGCACAAGAGAUUCGGCAGGCAGGCCUCUCUCAAGGAAGGGUCCCUCCGCUCCCUCGGCCUCAAGUUUGUGGAAACCCUCCUGGGCCAGGGCGCCACGGCUGAAAACGUCGUCGACCAGCUUUGGCUCCAGGCUUUUGGAGAGAUUGGCGUUCUCGUUACCACUUUUUACGAAAUCAUGGAGUUCUUCCUCCGCCCAGAGAACAAAUCCAUCUGGACCCAAGUCGAAAACUUGGCAAAGGAAGGUAAUCUGACCAAGCUCUCCACCUACGUCGCCGAGGCGCAGCGUCUCACCAGCCCCUUUCGUGUCAUCCGUUACCCAAAAACGGCAACUGAAGUCGAGGGCAAGAAAGUCGACCAGAAUAAUGUGCUCAUUGUGAACAUUGCCGCCGCAGGUCGGGACCCGGCAAAUGUCCCCAACGCCGACAAGUUUGACCCGACACGCAAGCAGCCAGAGCUCAGCGGCUACAGCUUCGGCCAGCAUGAAUGCUUGGGGAGACACAUGGCCAUAACAUUCCUGACCGGCCUGGUCAAGCUUACCGCUGGCCUGAAGAAUCUCCGCAGAGCAGCACCAGGUACGCUGGGAGAUGUCAAGACCAUCAGCGUCGGCGCCGAGGACAGGAUUUACCUCAACGACAGCUGGUCCUACUUUGGAUUCAACACCAGCAAUUGGAAGGUGCAAUUUGACGGCUACAAUUAG